AUGGGGCGUGGGACCCUAAGGCCACGUGGUGAUUUAACCACAGCUUCUUCGGCCGUGUCUUUUACAGCCUUCGGCUUCGGCCUUCAACAUUGUGGUCGCGAGGCCGAGAGGAUUCUGCCUUUGCAGUUUUCCUUUUGUUUCAAGAAUGCGAAAUGCUCGACGAAACGGCACAAACAACGUGAUCAACCAGCAAUGUGUGCGGAAGACGUUGAGAAGCUUGUGAACAACCGACUUCAAGACCUGAAGACCGGUGGGAACGUCGAAGAUGCACUACUUAAGGAAAUGGACCAGGCGAACAACCGACUUCAAGACCUGAAGACCGGUGGGAACAACCGACUUCAAGACCUGAAGACCGGUGGGAACAUCGAGCAGGCUGCUCCCCCGAAGUGA